UAGAAGUUGAAGAUCAUCUAAAUUAUUCUGUGUAUAAAAUUCUGCAAACUUGUUGUUGGAAAAAAAAAUUAACCAUAGGUAUGUGGUUGGAAAACAAUUUCAAAUUUCAACAGAACCUAAAAUGAGAAAUUUUUACUGCCUAAAUUUUUUGAGGAUAAUUUUUGCUUUUCAAGGCCUUUAAAAAUUAAGCCAUCCAAGAUCAGAAACAAAUCUAGAGUUUUUUAAGGUGCUUCCACAUCGCUGACUUGCUAUAUUAAAAUCCAAAUGGAAAACAGGUUUGAAUCAACAUAAAUUUAACACAGAAACCGCAGUCUCUCGAAAGUGCGAGUCCUAGACGCAUCGAGUGUCAACAUGUACUCAGUCAGUGAAGAUGUCAAAAAAAAUGUGUACAAAACGUUUGGACGUAACGAACAAAUGAUUGAAGAUGACGUACUCAUAAUCAAAACGUGGAUGAAAACUCAACCACACCUCCCAGAAUUAAUGGAGGACGUCAAAAUUAAGAAUUUCCUGAAUUUAAAUAAAUUUAGCAUCGAAAAAACUAAGCAAAAAAUUGACAUGUACUAUACUAUCAGGAGCAUCACUCCUGAAUUGUUUGAGGUCAGUAAUCCAAAACUGGAAGUUACGAAGAACUUGUUUAAUAAUUCAUACUUGUUCACAUUUCCAAAACAACUGAAUGGUGUCCACCGAGUUUAUUUUUCAAAACAGAAAAAAAUGAAUACUUUGAAUCCUUUGGAAUUCUAUAACGUGUGGUUCUCGAUUUUUGAGAUUCGACUGCAGGAAGAUUUCAUGGUCGACGAUUACAUUAUUGCAGAUUUAGACAGUUAUUCUCUUAGUGAUAUGAAAAAUAUUAAUCCUAUGAUACUGUCAAAAUUUUUUGGUGUUUACAAGAAGGUUUAUGCUCUUCGAUUAAAAAAAAUCAUUCUAUUUAAUUGUCCGUCUUAUGUUUCCAUUUUGACCGCCAUUUUGAAAGCUGUAAUGAAACCUAAACUUUUUGAAAGGAUCGAAUUUCAUCCAGACGCUGAAGUUUUGAAGAAAAUUAUUUGUAAAGAAGAACUUCCCAAGGAGUAUGGAGGUGAAGGACUUUCUUUGGAUGAAUACAAUGCUAUGAUGCAAACGAAGCUUUCUCAGUACCAAGGCCGAUUCGACCAGUUGGAUAAAUUGAGAGUUAACGAAAAUCUGCGACCUCAAAAACUGGACAACGAUGAAAUUAUGGGAUUUUAUGGAAGUUUUAAACAAAUAAAUAUCGAUUAAGUAUGUGAUUUUCUGUUUUUUGAGAUGAUAAUGGAAGUCAAAGAGCGAAGAUGCUCGACGUUGUAUUGUUAAAUCAGGUCAGGGUUUUAUUUAAAGAUUUGCUUUUGUUGUCAUACUUCAUAUUGCUAGGUUAGAUAAAUAAUAAUAAUUAAUGCUCUUGAUUAUAUUUUUUAAUUAUUGUUCAAUAAUAAACAUGCUCAUAAAUCA